AUGACCUUGCUAACAAGCAGCGGAAGUCCUUCUGGCGGUCUGGGUCUCUUUUUCACCGUUUCCCUCACUGCAGCGGCUUUUCUAUGGCUGGGCCUGGUAUCUGAAAUCGUCCCCGAGCCGUAUCUGGAUGAAGUCUUUCAUAUCCCUCAAGCCCAAAGAUACUGCCAAGGCAAGUUCCUAGAAUGGGACAACAAAAUCACCACACCCCCAGGACUAUACUGGGUCUCCAUCUUGAUCCCCCAAGCGGCCAAGAUGAGCGGCCUCCUAUCCUCCUACACAUGCGACCCCAAGACCCUCCGCGUCACAAACGCACUCGGCAUCCUCGUCCUGGCCUACUUCGCCCUACAAUGCCGGAAGGAAAUCGAAGCACGCCUGCACCAAGCGCAUUCACCCCUUCGCUUAAACGGCACAUCACAGUACGCCAUGCACACGGCGUUCAACAUCGCGCUGUUCCCCUUGCUGUUCUUCUUUUCGGGGCUGUACUACACGGACGUGGUGUCUACCGCCGUUGUGCUUGCGUCGUUUCUGAACCAUUCGCGUCGAGUGGCAAGGUCUCAAAGUUCGCUUGUUAGUGAUCUUGUGACGAUCCGGCUGGGGCUCUUCGCUCUUACUAUGAGGCAGACGAAUGUGUUUUGGGUGGUUGUCUUUAUGGGCGGGCUGGAGGCUGUUCAUGCGGUCAAGACGUUGCGGCCAGAGGCUGUCAAGCGGCCGUUGAUGACGACGUUGUCGGAGCAGUUGCUGUUUGUCGUCAAGAGGUGGUCUGUUGGACAUGUGCAUGACUUGCCGCUGCACAUGGCGUAUCCCGAGGACAUGCUAUUCACUGCCGUCAGUCUCGUAAUAGCAGCCCUCUGCAAUCCUAUCCGUGUAUUGAGACAGACAUGGCCAUACGUCUUCGUCUUGGGCGCCUUUGGCGGGUUCGUAGGAUGGAACGGGGGCGUUGUUCUCGGAGACAAGUCGAACCAUGUCGCGACCAUUCAUAUCCCCCAGAUGCUCUACAUCUGGGCGUUUUUCGGCUUCUUUUCGCUGCCGCUCUUCCUCCCCUACGCGAUCCUGGGAAUAGAUGUCGUCCGAAGCCUAUUCGUUCCGCAGAGGAAUGGCGCUACAAAGGCACCUGACAAGACGAGUGCAACAACUUCCUCGAACACAGCACCCCAACGAGGGAUCUCGCUCCCGCUCAAGAUCUUCAGCACCAUCUUCACCAACCAUCUACUCUGGCCAAUAUAUCUAGUCUCGACAUUCAUCCUCUCCGCCGUCAUCGUCCGCUUCAACACCAUCAUCCACCCCUUCACCCUCGCCGACAACAGACACUACAUGUUCUACGUCUUCCGAUACACGAUCCGCCGCGCCCCCUGGAUCCGGUACUUUCUCAUUCUCCCGUAUACGCUCAGCCGCUGGCUCGUAUGGGGUACUCUAUCCGGCUGCUGCUCGACCCGGACCUCGACGGGAGCUUGUUCGGCAUACUAUGGCUCGUCGUCGUCGCGCCCAUCGCCAUUCUCCUGCGAUCCAUUUACGCUCGCAACCACCAACGACUCUGGCGACAAACAAACCCCCGACCCUGAGCCAGCGCCGACACAGAAAGAUGUAGAGGAGAAAUCCGCGCAGGACCCCCUCCUGUUCUCAAAAGAACCCGUAUCGACAUCCACAGGCCUCAUCUUCCUCCUCGCGACAACCCUCUCGCUCGUCACCGCGCCGCUCGUCGAGCCUCGGUAUUUCAUCAUCCCGUGGGUCAUAUGGCGGCUGCUCGUUCCCGCAUGGCGACUGCACGACCACCAGGCCGCGGGAAAUAGCUUGUUCAACAACAACAACGACAACGACGCUCCAACAUUGUCUGUCUGGGGCAGGGUUAUCAGUUUCUGUCGGGUGUACGAUGUGAGACUUGUCUUGGAGACGGUUUGGUUCAUUGCGAUUAACGUCGUCACUGGCUACAUCUUCCUCUUCAAGCCAUAUGUUUGGAGGGCUGAGGACGGGAGUAUCCUCGAUGAAGGGAGACUACAGCGAUUCAUGUGGUAG